AUGAGUGACACAUGCUCUGAGGCACUGGAUUUCAAAGCGAACGCCCCACUGAAUAUCAUAAUGGCAAUCCACGUUUUCACCUCCGUGGGAGGAAUUAUUGCUAACGCAUGCUUUGUACGACAUUGGGAACAUAAUCUGUUUUUCCACAGAAAUUCUCGAAUUCUGGUUUGGACAACAGUUGUGCUUAACAUUCUUCACUCACUCUUUCUCGGUGUGCUUGAGGGACUCCAUUUAUUUCAAAACCACUUUUUGGAAGACAGAUGUAGCAUCUUAGUACCCACGAAAUUCUGCUACUCCAUGCGAAUGCCAGCAUUGAUGUGUGUUGCUGCUCAAGCUCUUGUUCACUUAUCCAUAGUGACAGAAAGAGCAGUAGCGCUGAAAUGUACAAAAACGUACGAAUCUCAAAAAUCUUCACUUGGCUAUAUACUCGCCGUCAUGUCGGUUUCUAUUGCAAUUGGACUCACAAUAUAUACUUUCAAAGACUAUCCUAUGACCGGAGAAAUGUCGUAUUGUAAGGUUGCAACAACCCAGACAAUGCCUGAAGUUUUUGUGUACAGCUGUUGUGUCCUGUUUUUGGAGAUAGUGAUCAUCGCAUCGUUUUGCUGUGUUUACCGGCUCAAUCUGAAACAGAGCAAAGUGUACGACAUGCGAUGCAAAUACCAAGCCAAGGAAAACCUCACUGUCCUUCUUUUACUUCUUCCGCUCAUAAUUCUUCAUUCGCUGGCAUUCAGCUUCUUCAUGGCCAAUGUCGCACUUGCACCUUUUAUUGAGAAUGUUUUCGCUCCAUCGCAUUUCAGAGCAUAUCUGGCAGGAGCAUACGUUAUUCCAAUAUACACAUUCUUCUCGCCUUUGCUGCUUUGGUGGAGUAUGGAUCGUCAUCGUUCGUCGCGAAGUCAAGAUCUUAUGCGUAUGUCUUCAAGGAUCGACAACGAGAAUAACAUUUAUUUUUCCAACUAUGCUUGGAUCAAAAAAUGAAUAUGUGCU